AUGCCUACUGACUUUACUGGAACCUGGGAAAUGGAGAGCAAUGACAACUUCGAAGGCUACAUGAAGGCAUUAGAUAUUGAUUUUGCCACCCGCAAGAUUGCCAAGCACCUAAUUCAGACAAAGACAAUCAUUCAAGAUGGUGAUAACUUCAAGGGAAAAACAACUAGCUCAUUCCAGAACUAUGAAGUGGAUUUCAUUGUUGGAGUUGAAUUUGAUGAGUACACUAAAGGACUGGAUGAUAGACAUGUUAAGAGUCUGGUGACCUGGGAUGGGGAUAAACUCGUGUGUGUGCAGAAGGGAGAGAAGAAGAACCGAGGGUGGAAGCAUUGGAUUGAAGGAGGAAAACUGCACUUGGAGCUGACUUGCGAAGACCAAGUGUGUCAUCAAGUAUUUAAAAAGAAGUAA